GAAAGAGCGAGAGCGCAUCCUGACGUCGUGGUGCCUGUCAGCCAUGCAGCUACAUAUAUAAAUCCAUCAUGACGUCCAUUCACCAACACAUCAACACAUCCGCCAGGCCGCCCAUCUUCUACAAGACUCGGCCCUUACAGCGCUAGAUCCACCCAGCAUGCCACAGCUCUUCAUCACCGGCGUCACAGGCUACAUUGGCGGCGAUGUCCUCUAUGCUCUUGCAAACACAUACCCAGACCUUGGCAUUACCGUUCUCGUUCGCAACAGCGACAAAGGCGCAAAGGUUGCUGCACAAUACCCCAAGGUCCGCCUCGUCUAUGGCACGCUCGACGACAGUGACCUCCUUUCCACAGAGGCCUCCAACGCCGACAUUGUUCUCCACUUGGCCGACUGCGACCAUGUAGCUUCUGCACAGGCCAUCAUUGCCGGUAUGGCUCGUAGCGGGAAAAAGUCUCAUCUCAUCCAUGUCUCGGGAACGGGCCUUGUUACCUUCGAAGACCUCUCCAACAACACCUACGGCAUCAAGAGGGAGAAAAUCUGGGACGACUGGGACAACAUUACCCAAGUCACCGAUGAACUUCCCGAUGCAGCCAUCCACCGCAAUGUCGACAAGAUGAUCCUUGGCUCUAACCAGGCGUCGGCCGGCAGCAUCCAGUCUGCCAUUGUUUGCCCACCAUGCAUCUAUGGACCGGGCCGAGGUCCCGACAACAAGCGCAGUGUACAGGUGUACGAGAUGGCCAAGUCAACUUUGAAGCGCUCCAAGGGCUUUGUCGUCGGACAGGGCCUCAACCUAUGGGCCGAGAUUCACGUCCAAGAUCUCAGCGAGAUUUUCCUUGCAUUGGUAACCGCUGCUCUGUCUCCUGCUGGCGCAAAGGCUACCUGGAACAAGGAGGGCUACUAUUUUGCAGAGAGCGGAGAGUUCUGCUGGGGUAAUGUUGGUCGCAAGAUUGGCGAAAUCGCCUUCCAAAAGAAGCUCAUCAACCACGAAGGAAUUGACAUGGUCACCAAAGAGCAAGCUGAUGAGAUGAGGCCAUUUGGUGGCUUUGUCUGGGGGACAAACUCUCGCUGCAAGGCGAUCAGAGCCAGGAAGCUGCUUGGUUGGACCCCCAGGCAGAAGAGGCUGUUUAAUCUACUGCCAGAAAUUGUCGAAAAUGAAGCCAAGUUACUGGGCCGCAUCAGACAGCACGCUGAGGAGGCAGCUGAGGGACGCAUCUUGAAGUAGACAUGGAUGAAGCAAGUUGCAAUCAGCAGGCUGCAAGUGACCGCACAAUACACGAGUAGAAAUCUGUAGCUUGUGAGAUUUAUCGACUAUGCUGCAUAUGUGAUCACGGGGGUGUAGCUGUUCUGUCUGGCCAACAAUACUCGUAGCAGUGCAAGCAAC